CACGAACCUGAGGAUGAAAUAAAGAAAACUGAUAAGGUCAAUAAGGAAAAAACUAAAGAAAAAGGCAUUAGAACCAUUGAAGAAAAAGAUUGGUUGCUAUCGUUGGCUGAGUAUGUUACCGACGACGGUUGGGAAGAAGGUCGAAACUGUCAAGAAGUUGAAUCUAGAGGUUAUAAUGAAGAGGAAGAUGAGUUAAAUACCCACGAAGAGUAUCAAGAAUUACUAGAAGAAUUAACUAGGGAGUUAAAGAGUUCAGAUGACGAAUAUGAGAAAAACCAUCCGAACUUAGAUAAAACAUAUGGCAUAAAACUGCCAAAGUGGGGAGAACUGGUGUAUGGAACAGAAUUCAGUGACGACGAGAGUGAUUGGGAUAACGACAAGCCAAAUGAAGCAAAAACAUGGUUAGGGGCUGGAGAAGCAUGGUGGAACUUAGAAGAAAAAGAAAAAG